AUGGCAACCAAUAUUACUUGGCAUCCUAAUUUGAGUUACGAAGAACGUAAAGAACUGAGAAAGCAAUCUGGUUGUACAAUUUGGCUGACUGGUUUAAGCGCUUCAGGUAAAAGCACUAUCGCUUGCGCUCUUGAGCAACUACUACUGAAGAAGAACUUCUCUGCUUACAGGCUUGAUGGUGACAACAUCAGGUUUGGCCUAAACAAGGACUUAGGUUUUUCAGAGAAGGAUCGUAAUGAAAAUAUUCGUAGAAUCUCGGAAGUGUCAAAAUUAUUCGCGGACUCAUGCACAAUUGCAAUCACAUCAUUUAUAUCUCCAUACAAAUCAGACCGUGAAAAAGCAAGGGAACUACAUAAAGAAGGCAACCUCAAAUUUAUUGAAGUGUUCGUUGACGUGCCUCUUGCUGUCGCCGAGCAACGUGAUCCCAAAGGUCUGUACAAAAAGGCGAGGGAGGGUAUUAUUAAGGGUUUCACUGGUAUUUCAGCACCAUAUGAGGCCCCAGAAGCUCCCGAACUACAUGUACAUACAGACAAGCAGUCAGUCGAAGAAUGUGCUCAGCAAAUAUACGACUAUUUACUCAAAGAAAACAUUGUGUAA